AUGGAACCGGAGGACCUCGACCACCUCGACGUCUCCGGCACCUCCAGCUCAUCACCACCGCCUCGCCGGACCAUAUGCGGCAACUGCUCACGGCCCAGCCCAGUGUGCCUCUGCGAGUCUCUCCCGGCCCAGCCCAUUCCAACAAAAACCCAUGUCGUAAUCCUACACCAUCCCCACGAGGCCCAACACAAGCUUUCCACCACUCCGGUCCUCACCAAAUGCCUCCUCAACUCCACCACCAUCGUCAGUCGCCGUCUCCGGCCAGGCCUCUCUCCUCUCCUCGACCAAUCCCCACCAGCCAUUUACCUUUUCCCACCUACCCACUCGUCACCGGCGGUUAAUUUAUCCUGCCUGCAGGUACAGGACCCAGAGAAGCCUUUGGUGCUCGUCGUCUUCGAUGGCACUUGGAAGCACGCGAAAGAGAUGGUCAGCGCUAGCGAGGAGUUCUUGUCCAAAUUCGCCAAAAGGGUGUGCUUGGAUUUCGAUGAGACAGUGAGUGGUGGGAGUAUCUACGACUCGGAGUUGAUUCUGAGGAAGGAACCCUUUGGUGGGUGCGUGAGCACUAUGGAGGCCGUGGCAAGAGCUUUGAGAGUUAUGGAACCCAAUGGGUUGGAGAUCGAGAGGAAGUUGGUCCAGGUUCUGAGGGAUAUGGUGAGGUUGCAGGCCGGUUAUUUGAAGCCCAUGAAGACCAGGCCGAAGCUGUUGAAGAAAAGCAAGCAACCAAAUAAGAAGCUCAACCAUGAGAGUGAAAGCUCUUGAAAAUUUUUUGUUCUAUUCUUUAUGGAACCCAUUUUUUCUUUCUGCUGAAAAUUUGUGCUGAGUUAAUGGUUUUUUAAUUUGCAUUGCAUGAGAUUGUUAUGUCUGUUUCUUUUAAGAUAAUUAUUUCUCUUAUACAUUUUAUAAAUG